GUAAUAGAGGCUGCAGUGCGGUGGCGGUAGAGUGUUUGCAAGACAACGCAGCCGGGAAAGCACGCUGUGCCCAGUGCUUCACUAACCGGGAGAUUGCGAGCUGAGGCGGCUCUGCCGGGAAACAACUUGAGCAAGACAACGCUGACUUCUACAAGCCAUCAUGUCUGAGAGAAAAGCGGUCAUCAAGAAUGCUGACAUGUCUGAAGAGAUGCAGCAGGACGCAGUGGAAAUCGCCACCCAAGCCCUGGAGAAAUUCAACAUAGAGAAGGAUAUAGCUGCUUGUAUCAAGAAGGAGUUUGACAAGAAGUACAACCCUACAUGGCACUGCAUCGUGGGCAGGAAUUUUGGCAGCUACGUUACGCACGAGACCAAACACUUCAUUUACUUCUAUCUGGGCCAAGUGGCGAUCCUUCUCUUUAAAUCGGGCUAGGUGACAAAGGAAAGAUCAAUGGACUGCUGAAAUAAAGUCAGGUCUAUGGGAACAACCCCUUCUGCACCCAACUGGUCUGUUACCUUGUGUUGCUGGGACUCUAAUGUUACAUGUUCUGAGUGAUAAAGACAUAUUGGGGGGAAAAA